UACACUUUUUUUUUCAAAAUUCAAAAUAUUGAAAAAAAUAAUGAUUCCGACUAAUACAUAUGGACCCUUUAUUGAUGGUCAUUCAAAAUAACAAAAAGGUUGAUAAUUGAUUGUGUUUUAUUUAUUAAAGUUUCAAUUCUAUUUAGAAACCAUUAUUGUAGAAGUUUUUGUUUACUUUCGGUUUUCAUUUAUUAAUUAAAAAUUUGUUGUGACAAUCAAUUAAAUUGUCAAAGAUCUACAGCCUGAAACAUAUAGCAGUACUGGGUUAAAGUAGCUCCAUGGAGCCAACGUCAACAUCAAGUUCACAACCAACUUUUGUUCGGACAGCACCGUUGCGUGACCUCAACUACGUUCAACAUAGCAGUGGUCAGCCCAGCAACAUGCUUAAGUCUGACCCAGGGAAGCCCAAAGCGAAGAUCAGCCUCCAGGAGUACAGAGAACGAAGCAAGUCAAAGAGUCCGAGGAAACCUGAAGAUCUUUUUGUCCCGGAAAGUGAUGGGAGUGAUGCUGAUGGUCAAAUCAAUGACAGCCCAAAUGAAAGAGAAUCUGGUCAAACUAAAAGCAGCGACAGCUCAGUAAGAAGAGAUGAACGGAUGAUGAGUGUGGAUAUGGCUGACGUCAGUGUUGAUCUUGCUAAUAUGAGUAUCGAUCAAGUUGAUGAUUCCCUCCUUGAUGAUCAGACCGGAAAAUUUGGAAAACACACAGAUUAUGUUCAUGAGAACAUAUCGGUAACUGUUAAUGAUGGAUCAGACCGACAUAAAACUGGUGCAACAGAUGAUAAAACAGACAGAUUAAAACUGAAGAAGUCGACAAGUUUGUCCAAAUGUGAUGACAGUGAGAAAGACAGAAAUAAGGCUGUUCUUAGCAGAUCUGGAAAGUCAGAGAGUGCAUUGCAGGUCAGAGGAGAUGGUGUUCAAGUAAUUAAGAUACCUGCAAAAUCUAAUGGGGUUGAAGUUAGCAGAAGUGGGAAUGUUCAGACAAUUAAGAUGCCUCCUCAGGAAAGAGGUGAUGUAACUCAGUUGGCUUUGUCAGAGAGACUGAAGUUAAAGAAAGGAAAUCUAUCUGAAAGUCAUCUUACUCAGCCUAACAUAGCUGUAACUAAAGUGGACAUAAAACCUGAGCAGAUACUUAGAGGCUCACCUGAUGUGAUUGAUUUGACAUCAGAUGAAGAAAGCCCUGUGGCUCAACCAAUGAAAAAAGCUGUAAACCAGGUUCAGCCAAUCAAAUCCGCUGUACCAAUUCAGCCUAAGCCCAAUGAGCAAAUGAAAUCAUUUGGGACAUUAAGCCAACAGGCAGGCCAUGUUGGCCAGUCCUCAGGCACAGCACAUCAAGGACCACAGUUUGUAACUGCAAGAUCUCAACUGAACAAUUCUGGGAUGCCCCAAGGUGCCUCUUUGCAAGAAGAUGUAGAACGCAGAGAAAACCUGAGGAAACUGCUUGAUAAACAAAAGCAUCUUGUUGCUACCGUGAAGAUGUCCGAGCUUCCUGACAAGGGUGCCAAACUGCGGGCCAACAUCGAGGGUAUUACCAGACAGAUAUCAGACCUUGAUAAGAGGAUUAAAGCCCGGGCACAGGAGUUGCACUCUCAACAGAAGCCGGCAGUUGUUUAUAGCCAAUCCGGGCAGGCUAUAAGCAGUGCUCCAGGCUCUCAGCCAAUUCGCCAGCCUAUGGUUGUGAAGAUGUUACCAGGGGGUCAAACGGUAGUACAGCCCGGGGCUCACCAGCCCCAUAAUCCAGCGGGGCUCAAACAGACGACCCUGCUGCCCCACGUCUCUCAAAUACCCCAACAUGUCCUGCAGCAGAUGUAUGGAGCAAAUCCCCAAGCCAUGCAGUUGUAUGGGGGACGGAUGACGGCAGCCCGACUGCGGGAAGUUGGCAGUGUGACUAAGGAAGCUAUUGAAAAACUGCACAAACAGCUUGAGACCAUUCCAAAGUCAGAUGAAGAAUUGACAGAUCCGACCGGUUUGGUGGUACCUUUAAUGAUCCAUCAGAGGCAGGCCCUUACUUGGCUAGUGUGGAGGGAAAGACAGUCCCCGUCUGGGGGCAUUCUGGCUGAUGACAUGGGUCUUGGCAAAACGUUGACGAUGAUUUCGCUGAUGGCUAAACAACGUGAACUGAAAAAACAUGGCUCAGAGGAGGACAAAGCUGCAUGGCUGAACAGGGACAAACAGCUCGAGAAAAUGGACAAAGCCAUUGUAAAGUCAUCUGCCACGUUAGUGGUCUGCCCAGCAUCACUGAUACACCAGUGGCGAACAGAGAUUGAACGUAGAUGUCGACCUGGUCUGCUGCGUGUGUGUAUGUACCAUGGUCCCACUAGGGAGAAGAAUGUCCUGAAACUGGCAAGUCAUGACGUGGUGAUAACUACGUACAAUAUCAUCGGCAAAGAAGUCAUAUUAGACGAAGAUGAUAAGAACGGGGAAAAACCUGUCACCGAUGAUAAAGAUGAGGAGAGUGACAAAGAGCAGUCAGAAGAAACUAAGAAAGCAAAUCGAGAUAUGCCCAACAUAAUGAAGAUUGCCUGGGAGCGGGUAAUUCUUGAUGAAGCCCACAACAUCAAGAAUCACAAGGCCAUUCAGUCACGGGCGGUGUGUAGACUUAGGGCGGGAUUCCGAUGGGCGUUGACGGGAACACCCAUACAGAAUGAUUUGUUGGAUAUGUAUUCACUGCUCAGGUUUUUGAGAUGUUCCCCAUUUGACGAGUACAAAGUAUGGAAACGCCAGGUUGACACUGGCAGUUCUUCUGGCCACAACCGGCUCAAUGUACUGGUAAAGACUCUGUUACUGCGACGGACAAAGACUCAAACUGGAGCUUCGGGAAAACCUCUGGUUCCUCUACCUGAGAAAACAUCAACUACACAUGAGCUGGUGCUGUCUGAUCAGGAACGCCGGGUAUAUGACAAGGUGUUUGCACAGUCCAAGUCAAUGCUAAAGGAGUACCUAGCCAGACAUGAAGAAAAAGAGACAUUUAAGGACGACUACAACCCGUCCAAACCAUCCAACCCCUUUCUGGGCAAGCCAGAUGGCCCCAAUCAGGGGUCAUCCCAGGGUCAAGGUUCGGGUGUGGGAGAUGUCAGAGAGGGGUCACAGCGGCCCAGUACCGGACAACAUAUCCUGGUGUUGCUGUUGCGACUGAGGCAAUGCUGCAGUCAUCUCAGCCUCAUGAAGGAUGCCCUGGAUGAUGAAACCCAGGAGAAUGAGGGUCUGGAACUGACGCUAGAGGAACAGAUGAUGGACCUGUUACUGGAUGACCAGGAGAAGGAACCAACCCUGCGCAAGACAGAUAAAAUCUUUCAGCCAAAAGCCAUGAGCACUAAGAUGAAGGCCUUGAUGGACCAGAUAUUAAGUAUACACAGACCAGCAAACUCUAAAGACAAGUGUAAAAGUGUGAUAGUAUCCCAGUGGACCAGCAUGUUGCAAAUAGUUGCACUACACCUAGAACGGGAGAACAUUCGCAGUCAUGUUAUCAAGGGAAACAUUCCGGCCAAGAAACGUAUGGAGUACGUGGAUGAGUUCAACAAUGAUGCAAGCGGCCCAGAAGUGAUGCUUGUGUCAUUGAGGGCAGGUGGUUGUGGCCUGAAUCUGAUUGGCGGAAAUCAUCUUUUUCUACUCGACAGUCAUUGGAACCCUGCUCUGGAGGACCAGGCCAGUGACAGGAUAUACAGGGUCGGCCAGAAGAAAGAUGUCUAUAUACACAGGUUUCUAUGUAAAGACACUGUGGAAGAGAAGAUAGUUCAACUGCAGGAAAAGAAGACCACCCUUGCCAAAAAUGUGCUGUCUGGGAGUGGGAAAACAAAUCAUAAACUCUCCCUGGCGGACCUACGCAUGCUGUUUGGAGUUUGAACACACUUUGAAUGCCAGCCCUGGACACUGUCGUUAAAAUAUCUAGUGCACUUUUGAUAUUGUUUAUUUACAUUAUUGUAAUCAUGUGUAUGUGUUUUUUAUACUUUGUGUGCUAUAUUGAAUAUUAGGAUUAUAAUACAAUUCUUUAACUUAAA